AUGACUACUGUUACCAUGACUACUGUUACCACGACCACUGUUACCAUGAGCACUGUUACCACGACCACUGUUACCAUGACCCCUGUUACCAUGACUACUGUUACCAUGAGCACUGUUACCAGGACCACUGUUACCAGGACCCGUUACCAGGACCACUGUUACCAUGACUACUGUUACCAUGACCCCUGUUACCAUGACUACUGUUACCAUGACCCCUGUUACCAUGACUACUGUUACCAUGAGCACUGUUACCAUGACCCCUGUUACCAUGACUACUGUUACCAUGACUACUGUUACCAUGACCACUGUUACCAUGACCCCUGUUACCAUGACUACUGUUACCAUGAGCACUGUUACCAGGACCACUGUUACCAUGAGCACUGUUACCACGACCACUGUUACCAUGACCCCUGUUACCAUGACUACUGUUACCAUGAGCACUGUUACCAGGACCACUGUUACCAUGGCCGCUGUUACCAUGACCACUGUUACCAUGAGCACUGUUACCAGGACCACUGUUACCAUGACUACUGUUACCAUGACCACUGUUACCAUGACCACUGUUACCAUGACUCCAGUUACCACGACUACUGUUACCAUGACUACUGUUUGACACGAGAACUUCUGGACGUGAAGCUGCUGAGACGACGAUCAUCAAACUGA